AUGGGCACCUGUUAUUUGAUGACUUCCUCAAAGUUUUUAAAGCAGGAAGAUCAAAUGCUCGCAUCGAAGAAACCAUUACUAAACGAAGACGAAAUUCGGAAGAUGAAAGAAGAAGAAACUAGAAAAGUAGCAAGCGGGUCAGCACGAAUACCCUUCAGUCCCGCAGAUGAUGAACUCGAUCGUUCAUUCGAGCAUAUUCUCAAUAACAGUGCGGUACCUCGCACGAUACCAGCUGUAAUACGUACAAAAAAAGCCGAAAAUCGCAUGGCAGCAUGUUCUCCAUCCCCGAUUCUGAGCGGUGAGCCAUUAAAUUCGAUUGAACAACGAGCUAUGGAGCAUCAAAAGCGUCAGGAAUGGCGACAGGCUAGGUUUAAAUCUCUGGAAGCUGACUCAAAAGCAGCAGAAGAAGUUAUGCAACAAGUUGAGCAGAUUAAUAGUAGACUGGCAAAUAUAACAGAAGAACACAGCAAUUCUUCUUUACCGGUAAAUGAGAAAAUUUUACAAAAUGAAACUUCAUUUGAACGAAAUGAGUAUAUCGAUCCAGUCACUGGUGCUACCACUGUUUCUUUGGUUGAAAAAAGUAUCACUCAGAGAGAGAUAAACACAUCGACAAUUAUCAGUGAUUUGAGUACAGAAAUAGCGAAUAAUUCAAAACAAUCCGCCGAGAUAAAUUUCGUCAGUCAAAACUAA